AGAACCAAGAGGCCGGCGGGAGGGCAGCUUGGCUUGGUCCGCCAUCACCGCCGUCCACCAGCACCACCCGACCCUCACCCGCCGCCACCCGCUACACCCGCCCACCAUGGAGAACGGUUCCCCGCAGAAGAGUCGUGAUGGAGGAGGCAACAUGGGAGGCCGUGGAGGUGGUAACUACCAGGGAGGCCACGGAGGCCACGGAGGAGGAGGUGGAGGCGGCGGCGGCGGCCAGGGAGGCCAGAAGCGUGGAGGGCCGCCGCCCUAUGGCCGCCACCCUCAGUAUGGCUACGACAAGAUAAAGGAGAGAGUGAACACAGAACUGAGUGGUCCACAGCUUGAUUUGCCUCCCCUUGACCUAGCAGAGAAGAAGUUUAAUGCUAGUAGCCGCUUGUUCGUGGGUAAUCUACCCCGGGACUUGCCUUAUGAAGAACUCAAGGAAGUCUUUUCUCAGUAUGGAGAGUUGGGUCAAGUGUAUUUCAACAAAGAUGGAGCAUAUGCCUUCAUUAAUUUUGAUUACCGAGCUAAUGCCGAGAAGGCUAAGCGCGAAUUGCAAGGAAAGAAUUGUCGCAAUCGUCCCAUGAAGAUCAGAUACGCAUCAAUAUCUACGGGUGUGAGAGUCAAGAAUCUAACCCCUUGCGUGUCGAAUGAGUUGCUGGAAAAAGCCUUCAAUGUAUUUGGUCAAAUCGAGGCGUGCCGUGUGAUUGUUGACGACCGGGGAAAAACCACAGGUGAUGGCAUCGUGAUAUUUGCUGACAAGAAAGGUGCCACACUUGCCAUCAAGAAGUGUCAGGAGGAGUGCUUUUUCCUCACCAGUGCUCUGCGUCCUGUAAUUGUCGAGCCCCUUGAGGCUCGGGAUGAGGAAGAAGGCCAACCUGAGAGUUCCAUGCAUAAGAAUGAGCAGUACAAGCAGGAACGCAAGGAGGGCCCCAGAUUUGCUGAUCGAAACUCCUUCGAAUAUGAAUAUGGAAUUCGUUGGAAGCGUCUGUAUGAAAUGUACAAGGAAAAGAAAUUGUUGCUAGAGUCUGACCUGCAAGCAGAGAUGGAACAGCUGGAAAGACGACUGGCUAUUGUGAAGCACGAGCAUGAGACGGAGAAGUUGAGAAGAGAGUUGAUGGCACGUGAACAAGAGGCAAUGCAGCUCGGGAGAUCGCUGUACGGGCGCCAGGGAGGCUAUGGAAUGGAUCGUUAUCAGGGAUCACAGGAUGAACGCUAUGGAGAACGCUACGAUGCUUCACGGGAUGAACGAUAUCAGCAAGCCAUGCAGGAAGAACGUUAUCAGAGAAUGCAAGAGGAACGGUAUCAGCAAGCCUUACAGGAGGAGCGGUAUCAAGCUAUGCGCAAUGCUGGCUAUCAACAAGGUGGUAACGCACAAGAGGAACAGUUCCAGCAACAGGGAACUAAGAGAGAGGCUCCAGCAGCAUCGGCACAAGUAGCUGCCGGAGGGCCAGCGGCAGCAGCAGGACCCGGGGCAACAUCUGACGAAUCUGAAAUGAAGCGAGGGAGAUACUGAGUUAACAUCUUUGACAGUUUUUUGUUUUUUUUUAAACCUUGCUGAUCAUAUGUGUCAAUGAUGUUCUUACAUUUAUAAACUGCUUUAGAGAAUAAGCAUGUAAUUGUAGUGACAUUGUGAUUACUUCUGGGAACCAAUAAAUGAGGUGGUAAUGUUUCUCUUUAUUUUUAUUGCACUUGCUAUUUAUUGAAGGGCUUGUGUACAACAAUGAUAAACAUUGUCAUGAUUUCAUAAAAAUAAUUUCAACAGUUAAAGAUUCAAAGGUGAAACAAUUGAGCAAAACUGGAAGUGCUUAGAAUUUUAAGUAUUAUCCAUUGCAUAGAACAAGUGCAUUUUGGCCAGAUUUUUUCAGAUCUGUGUUUUCAGAGAAAUGCCACUGAGGAAUCAGAAUAAUAGUGUCACCUGCAUGCAAUAUUGCCAUGUAAGUUCAUAUAUUUUUAAUUUUUUAAAUUUUAUAUUUUUUACAUAAUUGUAAAUUGCUAAAUAGUUCAAUUUUGAUUUAUUUUCUCAACUUGAACAUGUACUCUUACUUAGCGUUCAUGAAAUUGCAGAUGAUUACCAAAUGACCGUUGAAUGCUAAGCUGCAACAAAGUCUUGUUUAUAUAUUAAGUAUUGCUUAAACAAUUACCAUUACAUGUUGAAGGCUGUUAUGUCAGUGUGUUUAGUUUGGUAACAUUGAUGCUUGAACACUCCAUUACCCAGAAAUGGAUAGCAAGAAAGUAUUUUUUGCUAGUUUUUAGGGGAUGUAACACUCCAAUAUUACUAACUUGGCAGAAAAUAUUGGUGUCUCGAGUGAGGACGAUUGAUAUAAUGCAUAAUUGAGCAAUUAUGUUCUUUUGUUGAACACAUUGAACAUAAACAGGCACACACGUGAGCUUGAUGAAUUAUUGAAUGGCUCAGUGCAUGUUAUAUUGUAUUAAGUUAAAAUUAUUUGUGGUAGUCUUUGAGGAUAGCUAAUGUUGACAUUUAUCUCAGGAUGGGAGAAAUAUAAGAUUGCAGUACAUGUAUUAGAAAGGGAUUUUUGUCAUAUAAUAAUUGAAGAAACUAAGGUAGAGGUUAACUUUAGGUAAUAACCCGGGGCACAUGUCUAAGUUGCAUAGUACCUUGUCCAGUACAAACCUUUGUACGUUCUUUUGUAAAAUUCCAUAGGACAAAAUGCCAUGUAGUAGUGUAUAUAUAUAUGCAUAUAUACAUACAUGCAUAUAUAUAUGCAUACUUGACAAAAUGAUUUUUUUUAUGAAUCUCUUGAAUUGGCAGUACAUCUAGCAACAACUAUGGUGUUCCACAUAUUGCUAAAUAAAUAUCAUUUUUUU